AUGAUAAGGGCCAAUACCGUAAAGAAUAAGCUCGCUCGGGUUGGUCGAGAACUUCCCAUUCCAAGAUUCAGGUGUUAUGGAUGGGUUCAUUCUCUUCCUGACAAAUGGUGGGCUAGGAUGACCAAAUACGUACUCCAUCGUUGGGAUCAGGAGUUGCGGGAUUUGGGAUUAUAUGCUCCAAUCCGAGCUAGUAUGCAUGGUCUCCCAGUGAGUGCAGAUCAUUUUAUGGCUUUGUUCGAGUCUUAUAUUCCGGAGACCAAUACCUUUCUUACCAAGUAUGGGGAAUUAGGGCUUCCGCUCCACGAAAUGAUGAAGGUAUCCGGAUUGCCAUUGGGGAAUACUCCUUACCAAGAAUAUUUUCCUAAUAAUCGUCAGUUGAUGAAAAUGAAGAAGGCCUGCUCUCCUGCUUAUGACAUCCUCUGGGAGUUAACUUGUCAUUAUCAGAUAGCGAUAGCCAAGAUUGAAGUGAAGAGUAAGAAGGCGGCUCGAGUCAGUUUAAAACAGUUCGCCGACUACCUAUUUCAGAACCUUGAGAGCCCGACCGGUGAAGAAGUCUGUGAAUCACCGAUUCUGACCCCUUCUGACGUCAACCAGCUAAUCACGAAGAUUAAUGCUCAGUCUUACAGAACUGAGUCAUCUGAAGGUGGUUUUCUUAAGGGCACCAAGUUCAACACUUUCUUGUGGCAAGCCACAAAGAGAAUGAAGCCUGCAACUCUUCUUUCCGGUUAUCUGGCCAUUUGGCUAAAGAGAUGUGUAGUGCCGCAUCAGUCUUCUGAGGCGCUUCCUCUUGAAGUUCUCUUUCCCGCCGUGCAACUAGUUGUCAGAGGCAGGUUAUCUCUUCUUUCUGCUAUGAUUGCUGACCUCCAUAGCGGUUUGCGUAACCUAGCCAACACCUUUACCAAAGUGGGUGCCGAGCCUUCAACUAAGAUUCCUUUGUCGAGCGUCGAAUUUCCGUACACCUAUUUGAUGGCGUGGCUAGUUCUCCAUCGAUCGGACAUGAUGUCAGCGCCUGAUGCGUCUGAUCCAGAAAUCCCCUUGCUGCAGCUCUUAGAAGGAUGUAAGUGGUUAUAUCCUUCCCGACCAUGGACUGACCGUGUGAGGCAAUUCAAGAAUGCCAAAUGCUGGGAAUUCUAUAAGUGUUUCCCUCGGUUUUCUGGUGCCUAUAAUGACACGCUUGUUGACGAGGAAAUGCCUGGGGCUAACAGGACCUCUCUCGAUACGGGUAGUUUUCAUUGGCUCAUGAACAUUCGCCCAGGCUAUAAUGUUUUUCGAUCGAAGAACAUUUGCAGGAUUGAGCCUUAUUUUCCUUGCCGUUUUGCGCGACAAUUCGGCUACGAUCAAUUGUAUAUCGGGAAUCCCAAUAAAUGGUUGAUAAACUGCGGAGGCCUUAUUGAUGGGGUACGUGCCUGGUUCUGGAAUGUUGCUGGCUGUACCGGAGCUCGAUUUAGUUUGCCUGUCGCUGAGCCUGGUCUUUACUUAACCUUCCUCUACUGCCGGUGGAUUUUAGCCGCCAAUACUCCUCUUGCGAAGAAGAAGCUCCACGAACUGGAAUCCGAGGCUGUAGUUCGGAGAAUUGUAUCAAAAAAAGGAAAGGAGCCCGCUACGUCUUCUCGUAAAGGAAAACAGGUAGCUGAUUCCGAAGAGAGCGACGACUUCGAGACAUCCAGCGAAGAGGAUGAGACCCGAGGCGACGCAGAGGGUGAUGUACCUUUGUCUCCCGUGGCUCACAGGACUCGUCGAGCUUCUUCGCCCAAAUUACCCGGUGCUCCUUCAAAAGGUAUACAAAUGAAGGAAAAGAACAUUCCCCUGUCGUCCUCCAACAAGAUGACCUUGAGAUGGCUUUCUCAGGAGGGAGAGGCAGAAGAAGAGGAAGAAGAGGUUGCCCCGCUUAUUAACAGGAAAAGAUCUCGGCUUACUGCUCCUUCUGAGGUUCAACCUCAGCCGACUCAAGGAACCGAAUUACGUACCAAGUUUCGACAUGAAAGCUCCGAGGUUCCUCGAGAUUCUCGUGCCUCGAAGAGGAUUAAAAAGACGGCUCAUCGGGAACGCCAACUUUCUCCGUUAUUUGAGGAGAAGUUUACUCAGGAUCUUCCAGUUGAUGAAAGGGUUGAAUCAGAAGAGGAAGGGGAAAUCGUGCCCAAGCCUUCUUCUCCGGGUUUAAUGGAUGUUGAUGAAUCUAGCUUCACUGAACAAGUGCACAAGGCUAUGAACGAGGAACCCCUUCAUAUGGACAUUGUUCCUCCUCCAGCCACCACAUCGACCUCGCCAACCGCAGAUACAGUUAAACUAAAGGAGGUGAGUGCGGGUAGUAGCGCUGCUAAUCCCGCAACUAUUGUUGAAGACAUCACAGUCGACGAACCGGGAGAUAUCGAACUUACCCAUGAUAUGGGUAUCGGAGAUUUCGAUGAGCGUGAUUUCGAUCUUGAUAUGUCCGAAGAUGUACACCAGGAGAUCUCCGAUAUACUAUCAAAUCCGGUUCCAUCCGCUACUGCAGGACCAACUACUCGAGUUGAUUCAGCUGAAGUAGGUGUAUCAAAAGGACCAACCAACAAAGCUGAUGCAUCUACUGUCAUUGGUGAAUGUGAUCAACCUGAAGGUCUGGGUUUCUUACUCUUGGCAAGUCCCCCAGCUGAAGUUGAACCACCAGUCACUGCUCCCCCGACUUCCGCUAUUGUCGAAGCUGAACCUGUUGUGCUUUCUGCUCCGACUCUAGUGGAUCAUGAAGUAGGAGGGUCAAAGGAUACAGCGGGAGAACAACCCCCUGCCGCUUCGACUCAGCUUGAACUUGUUCCUCAAGAUUUUGUCGCUUUGGAUCCGAAGCCAUCAGGUGUUUCAGGUGAACAACCGUCUCCUAUAGUAACUCAACCGACGAUCGUUAUUCCUGAACAGAUCCCUGUUGUUAUAGAAUCUGCUCUGACCUCAACAAGCCAAGCUAUUUCUUCUUCAUUGUCCGAGCGGAUUCAAGUUUUAUUGGCAGAUGAAGAUCCGGACAAAGCUGCCCUCUGUGUUGACGUCCAAAGCUUCGUUCAUUUCUUAAACGCCAUGGUCGAUCGGAUUCUUCUUAAAGGUUCACCAUUUGAACUUUUCAGGAAGUCUCUCGAUCGCCAUGUAUCAGGAAUUAAAGAACAGGGGUGCACCGAAUUAUCUAACUCCAUAGAAGCUUAUUUGGUCGAUCUUAAACAACACAUUGAACAGUUACAGAACUUUCGAGUUGAUGGCGCACCUUCUUACAUCGCUUCCGAAAUGGACCUGAGGCUACAAGCAUGGCGUGAUUCUCAGAAAUCCGCUGAAUCCGAACUUCAAACACUGAAGACUCGCAUUGAUCAACUCCGGGUGAGUGCUGCCAAGAAAGCUCAAAUCAAGGUAGACCUGUAUCGUGAUUUGGAAUCACGUCGGACAGAGGUAGCCCAGUUAGAGAAACGACUUGCCGAAGCUAAGGAUGCUUGCGAAUUUUUGGAGUCUGAUCUAGCAGAAGUAACUCAAGCUGAGGUGGAUAUACUCCGGCAACUUAAUUUCCAGAACAAGACUUUUGAUGACAAAGAACAAGAGGUUGCCAGAAUUCAAAGUAUCGAUGAAAGAAAAUUUAAAGCCAAACUGAUACCUGAGCUCGAAUUGGCUUACGCGACAAAGCUUUCUAAAUUAGAAGAUGAAUUCCGUCAUUACAAAUUAUUGUAAUUUUGAAAACAUGCAUCUUUUCUUUUGUGCUGCUUUGCUUGAACUCUUUUGGUUAAUACAAUGAACUUUUCUUUUUUAUUGAGAUUUUAUUAUGAUUACUCAUUCUUGUUUAGAAUAAAUAGUCAUA